AUGAUGGCCGCGCUUUUCGGAGAGGGCGCCCAAGCAGAGCUACUUUCCGCACGCAACAACCUCCUCCUCUUACACCAGGUCGAGCGCGCCCUCGACCAUGGGGCCAUAGCGAUUGUACCAAACAUCGAAGAUAAUGAGUUGGCAAGCGAUAAGGCGUUGGCCGAAUGGGAAGCGCGUCACCCACGAGAAUACAAGUGGAAGGUGAUUGAUCCGAAGGCGGAGGACUUUCUGGAUGUUCACUUCUAUCACACAUUGCCGGCCACGAUCGAACAUCCAGGGAUGGCAGUUAAGGAAUUAGACGGGAAGCAACUCCACUUCCGACCGGCAUGUACAUUCCGUCCAAGGGUGGAAUAUCUGUACUUUCUGUUUGUGCUUUCCAUCCUCAAAAUGGCGUGGCGGCACGAUAUUGAUAACCGCGCUAAGCCUGAGGAUAUCGGCAUGCUCAAGCGACUGAUUGGAAAGAAGGCAUGGACUACAGAGAGUCAAUACCUGCAUCGGGCAAUGGUAGUGGCCCUGGGACUAGAAGUGGAGAUAAGCGGCCUUAACGACGAGGAAGCCCAAGACAAGGAAGAGAUUGCACUUUUGGCACUUAUUAGAGCGUUUGAUGUUCCGAAGACAAGAUUUGAAGAGGAAUGCGAGUUGAAUUGGGGAGAAGAUGAAGCGGAUGAGGACGAUGAUGAUAGAUGUGGUUAUUGGGACGUCGUUGAAGAGGACGAUUGA